CUAAGCGGAGGAAUAAACUUGCUUGUCAUUUGAAGGACAUCUGCUUUCCCCCCGAUGCCAGCUGGUGUGUGUGUCCAACUCAGAGCUGCAGCGUGGGGCAUUAGAGUGGCAGUGUUGGAGCCCGUGUGAACCAGGGGCCCGUCACUGGUGGGGGAAUCUCACCUAGGGGCCCAAGUGCCCAAUCCAGGGCCAGCCAGACCAACAUGAACAAACUGAACUUCCACAACAAUAAAACCAUGCAGGACCGCCGUUGUGUAUGUGUGUUUCUCCCCAACGACGACACACUCAAUGUUAUUGUCAGUGUGAAAACUCUUUGUCAGGAGCUGCUCGUUCAGGUCUGUGAUCUGCUCAGAUUGAAGGACUGUCACCUGUUUGGUCUCAGCGUCAUCCAGAAUAAUGAACACAUCUACAUGGAGCUGGGACAGAAGCUGUCCAAGUACUGUCCCAAGGAGUGGAAGCGGGAGGCCAGCAAGGGCAUAGAUCAGUUUGGGCCUCCGAUGAUCAUCCAUUUCAGAGCUCAGUAUUACGUGGAGAACGGCCGGCUGAUCAGUGAUCGCGUCGCGAGGUACUAUUAUUACUGGCACUUGCGGAAGCAGGUGCUGCAGUCCCAGUGUAUUCAGAGGGAGGAGGCCUACUUUCUGCUCGCAGCCUUUGCCUUGCAAGCAGACCUUGGCAACUUCAAACGCAACAAGCACUUUGGGAAAUACUUCGAACCCGAAGCUUACUUCCCCCCCUGGGUGAUUGCUAAACGUGGGCGGGACUACAUCCUGCGGCACAUCCCUAACAUGCAUAAAGACCAGUUUGCCCUGACAGCAUCCGAAGCCCAGCUUAAAUACAUUAAAGAGUCCGCUCUACUGGAUGACGUAGCUGUCCACUAUUAUCGUCUAUAUAAGGACAAAAAGGACGUGGAGGCCUCUCUCACUUUGGGUCUGACCUUGCGUGGGAUCCAGAUCUUUCAGAACGUGGGCAGUGUGAGACAGCUCCUCUAUGAUUUUCCCUGGACCAACGUGGGCAAACUGGUGUUCGUCGGGAAGAAGUUUGAGAUUUUACCGGACGGUCUGCCCUCAGCUCGGAAGCUUAUUUACUACACCGGCUGUCCCAUGCGUUCUCGUCACCUCCUGCAGUUGCUUAGCAACAGCCACCGCCUGUACAUGAACCUACAGCCUGUACUAAAACAGGUCCGCCGCCUAGAAGAGAAUGAAGAGAAGAAACAGUAUCGAGAGUCGUACAUCAGUGACGCUCUGGAGUUGGACAUGGAUCAUCUGGACAAAGGCUCUCGCGCCAGCGGUAGCAGCGCGGGCAGCGUGUCGCGCCACACGCGCCUCUCCCGCCGCUCCACCGCCAGCCACGGCAGCUCGCACACGUCCGGCAUCGACACGGACAGCUUCCGCACGUCCGGACAGGCCCCCCACCGCACGCUCCGCACCCACUCCUCAUCCACCACCAGCCACGGCAGCUCCCACACCUCCGGCAUCGAGAGCGGAGGAAAGGAGCGCUGCCUGGACGAUGACGAGAUUGAGAUGCUAGUUGACGACCCUAAAGACUAUGAGGAGCUGCAUGAGUUAGCCCUGGAACUCAACCAAGACCUGUGUAUUCACAUUACUGAAGACAUGCUAACCUCACCUCAAACCAACGGCUACACAGGUCUGGUAGUGAAGGACGUCAGUUCAUCCACAUCCAGCUCCUCUGAGACUGUGGUUAAAAUGAGGGGACAGAGUAUUGAGUCCCUCCCUCAGACGACAAUUUGCAGGAAGCCACAGAAUUCCACGGACCGGCACAGCCAAUCGCUGGACGAUGUCCGACUUUACCAGAGAAAUUGUCAGCAAUGGGCGGAGCUUUGUCAGGACACCGCCCACAGUUACACAUUUGGCUGUGCCCAGGACCUCGAUGACGGUAUCACGGGCGGUUACCAGGGACUCGCUGAACAGUGCGCUGGUAUCCGUGACAACCAGCACCCUUUUCCAAUCAAGCGAACCAACAAGUACUUCUCAUUGGACUUGACGACGGAUGAGAUCCCCGAGUUUGUAGUGUGAAGAUGAAAGGGGAGGAGGGAAUGUAAAAAAGAGGAAAAGAAACCCCUCCUAUCAUCCCACUGGUCCUUGGCCCUGUCAAGGCAAGCAGAGAGUGGCACAGGACUGGCAGUCAAAUGUCCAUAAUGGGCCUUUGAACUCCAGACAGAGAAGCUUAUAAAUGCUGUGGAUGUGUGUCAGUGUGUGUGUGUGUGUGUGUGUGUGUGUGGGAGAGAAAGAGAGAGACAGACAAGCCGUAAUUGCAUCUCGUCAGAGUGAACACACACUCUAAUACACACCCUCAGUGGACUUUUGGAUGAAAAAAAUGGGAACGUAAUGAAAUGAAAAGGGAGAGCUGAUGUUCCAGGUUCCCAUCUACUGUAUGGGAAAGAGACUGAAUGAAACUAAAGGAAACUAAAGGGAAUCUCCACACAGUUUUUAUUCUUAUUACUCUAAAAAAAAA